CAAUCUCUUUCUUUCCUGACUACUUUUCUAAAUUCUAGUUCAGGAAGGAAACUGCGAGGAAGCUGCCUUUAAAUAGACUUGAUAAUUUUAAAUAAUAAAUCAAAUAAUUGGAACCAACUAGGCGUAUCGUACUGUUUCAAACAGCACAAACAUACAUAGAUUAGUUUGUCUUAGAAUCUAAGCAUUUUUGUUCUCUAAUUAUAGUGAACUUUUAUUAACGCCCUUAAAUCUCUCGAAGAAGACGGACAAUUCUAAGCACGUUAUCUUCAGUAUCUUGGACGGUCGUCUUACCAACUUUCUUCUUCUUCUUCUUCUUCUUCUUUUUGGUUUAUUCUUUUGUACGAUAUUCUUUUCUGCUUCUCUUCUGUUGAGGUUAGUUCUUUCGCAGAUCUAUUUUUGAAAGUUGUUUUGAUUCAAAGUUUGUUCCUUUUAUGGUUGUUAAUGGUGCAAGAUCUGACUUUUGGGGUUGUUGAGGAAUACUCAGAUGGGGAAUUUUAGUUUUGGGGAGUUUAGUUUGGUUUCAAGGCUAGUUUGAGGAGGUUUGAAUGUGAAAGUUUCGAUUUUGAAGUGUUUUGUAGGCGGCUGAUGCUACUUUUUCUUAUGUUUUCAGUUUUGUAGAACAUUGUUUUGUUGAUAUUGAGAAAAUUGCACAACUAGCACAAUUGAGGGACACGUUUAAGUUAUCUUUCUGUUUAUACAAGAAGAGAUGGACGUUAAGUUAAGAUUGGACGGAAUGAAAUCCAAUUUUGAAAUAUUUGUUAUAGCAGAUGGGCUCAUUAGACAAUAGAUCAGCGAAUGAGUUUGAGAAUGAGAGUAUUUUUACUUUGGAAGAAGAAUCUCGAAAGGAAGGACCUGCUCUUGAACAUGAAAAUAGGUCAAUUUCUGAAGGUUCAUCAUCUCAUGGGUAUAAAAAUUUGCGGAAUGGUGUAUAUAAGAGCAUAAAGACGGUUGUUCUCUCAAGUAAACUCAAUUUGCUUAUGCCUUUUGGUCCACUGGCGAUCAUGGUCCAUAAAAUGACUGGUCAUCAAGGAUGGGUCUUCUUUCUAAGCUUGCUUGGAAUAACUCCUUUGGCAGAGCGCUUAGGUUAUGCUACGGAGCAGCUGGCUUGCUACACUGGUGCUACAGUCGGGGGCCUUUUAAAUGCUACAUUUGGAAAUGCAACAGAAUUGAUUAUAUCAAUUUAUGCUCUGAAAAGAGGUUUGUUACGUGUCGUUCAGCUCUCAUUAUUAGGCUCAAUUUUGUCAAAUAUGUUACUGGUCCUUGGAUGUGCAUUCUUUUGUGGUGGUCUUGUUAUAAGGAAUGAGGAACAGCAGUUUGAUAAGGCAUCUGCUGUUGUGAACUCGGGACUGUUAUUGAUGGCAGUCAUGGGCCUGCUCUUUCCAGCUGUUCUUCACUACACACAUACUGAGUUACAUUUUGGAAAGUCAGAGCUGGCUCUUUCAAGAUUUAGCAGUUGCAUUAUGCUAGUGGCAUAUGCUGCCUAUCUUGUUUUCCAAUUAAAAGGUCAACAAAAGACAUAUCUCCCUAUUACUGAGGAAGAAAAUCAGGCUACGGAUGCUGUUGAUCAUGAUAAUAAAAGUGAUGAAGAGCCAGAGAUCUCAAAAUGGGAAUCAAUUAUUUGGCUUUCAAUUAUGACAGCUUGGAUAUCUAUCCUUUCUGAGUAUCUAGUCGAUGCAAUACAGGGAGCGUCAGUUGCAUGGAACAUUCCAAUUUCAUUUAUCAGUGUUAUAUUACUUCCAAUUGUAGGGAAUGCUGCCGAGCAUGCAAGUGCCAUCAUGUUUGCCAUGAAGGACAAACUUGACUUAUCUGUGGGGGUGGCAAUAGGAUCAUCUACACAAAUAUCCAUGUUUGGGAUUCCAUUUUGCGUGGUUAUUGGAUGGAUAAUGGGUCGCACUAUGGACUUGAACUUUCAACUUUUCGAGACGGCAACUCUUUUCAUAACUGUCAUAGUCGUUGCCUUCUUUCUGCAGGAAGGAACAUCUAAUUACUUUAAAGGCCUUAUGCUCAUUCUUUGUUAUCUGAUAGUCGCAGCAAGUUUCUUUGUCCACGAAGAUCCUUCUCCAGAAGAUGAUAAGAAAUUGAGAACAUAGUCAAGGGAGUAACCCAUUGUAAGGUGAAAAAAAUCCUGAAGCUUUCAUCAUUGUAAAUAGACAGCUUUUAGCUGAUCCAUUUUCCAGGUGUCCCCUUGCCAGUUCUUCAGCCGAUUGAGUAGGUGUCUUGAUGUUUUUGUUCUUUAUCGUAUCGGUACCUGCUUGAGUAGGGAAAUUCUGUAUAAUAUAGAGGAUAACAAUUCAUUUAUCUUCUGUUUAGAUCCAAAUUCGCUGAAAAAAAUGAUGGAAGCUACAAGAAAAACAGUAAGAUUUGCAUUUGUGGAACCAUAAAUUUGUUACCCUUAGUGAUUGAACAUUUAGCUAAACUUUACAGAAUCACCAUUUGCUCCUUCUUGGUUCA